CGGGUGGAUUGAUCUCCGCGGCAGGCGCGGCCCCUAACCUCUCACCCCUCGCGCAUAUCGCGCCGCCACCCCCUGCGAGUCUCGGUACGCUGAGCCGCGCGCGCGGCCCUCUCGCUCCGACCACGGUCUUCCGAAUUCUCGCGUACCUCCGAGAGCCGUCGACGAGCUGCGGGGAAUCCUAACCUAGACGUCGGGUCGGCGCGCCGUGCCGCGCGAGUUCCUCGUCGAAGGGCAGGCUCGGCGUGGCCGAGGGAGAGUGAGUCAGCGGGACACCGGCGGCGCGACAAGCACCGGAGAAAAAGUGCCAUUGUCGGAGACAGUCGGAGAGGAGCGACGAGCACCGCUCCGAGGAGGGACGGCACGGGGCGCCGAAACAUGGGGAGGAACAAGUCAUUGUAUCUAAUUGACGGUCUGCAAUGAAUUUCCCGCCGUUCGGAGGCCACUUUCCCGGUACGAUACCGAGCAUCCAUCAGUUCACGACCGACGGUUCCGGUGGUGCGGGUGCUCGCUACGCCAACCAUUUCCCCAACCAGCCUCCGAUCGGAGUGCCGGUUAUGGGAAAGUACCGUCCCGAGGCCAACGGCGUGCAGGCUGCUCAGUCGCAAGUAAUGAUGAACAACAAGACGAGCUAUCCGAACAGCAACGUCCAUCACUAUCCCAAUGUACCGUACUCUCAAGCACAGCCGGUGCAGCAGCGCCCCUCCAACUCGCCAGGAAUGCAGGAAAAGCGAACUUAUCAUCAGCAGGCUACAGAAACGAUAAAUCAGCAAGACGUGUGUAAUCUCCUGCAGGACAAGGACAAAACCAAGGAUAAGAAAUCGGAGGAGCAGCAACGUAACGGCGAGGCGGCGACCAACGGAGGCCAGCAGGACUACACGAUGCAUCAGCACCAUCAGCAGCACGCGCACACCCAAACUCCGGCCACGAUGCCUGCGACCUGGCAGUCGUUGGCCACACCUGGCUCGACGGUGGCGGAUUACCUGAGCCACCUCCCCGCGAGCACGCUUCCGCUGAGUCUUCACCACUUCCUCAAGUACUCCGCGGAGAGUAUCAAGAAGGAGUCCGAGAUGGCCCAGACGACGUCGGUCGCGGUCGCCACCACGACGACGCCCAACAUCAUGAUGUCCCCGAACAACAAGAAAAAGAAGAAGAAGAAGGCCCCGAAGGAGAAGAAGCCCAGACCGAAGCCGGGCGAGAUCAGGCUAACGACCGCUCUCGACGGCUCCACUCUCUACUGCUGUCCGGAGUGCCACAUGGCCUAUCCGGAGAGGGAGCUCCUGGAGCAGCACCUCCUGGGGCACACUCUCGAGCGGCGAUUCGUCUGCGACAUCUGCGGGGCCGGCCUUAAGCGGAAGGACCACCUGACCCGGCACAAGCAGAGCCACAACCCUGAGCGGCCGUACGUCUGUACCGUGUGUCUCAAGGCCUUCAAAAGGAAGGAACAGCUCACCCUGCACUUCGUCAUACACUCCGGGGAGAAGCGGCACGUCUGUACGGAGUGCGGAAAGGGCUUCUACCGGAAGGACCACCUCAGGAAGCACACUCGAAGCCACAUCGCGAGAAGGGUCAAAGCCGAGCUCAGCCAGAACGCGGGUACCCAGCAGAGCCAGCAGCAGAACAGCGUGUCGAGUAUGCAAACGACCACGGUGACGGCGUCGUCCGUCCUUCCGGGCGGACACCCGGGUCCCCUCCUGUCCUGAGCCCCGCCACCAGGGAACUUCCAGGUUCCCCAUCCUAACAACAUCAUCCACCCGCACCCACCGCAUCACACGCUGCACCACCACCACCUGACCGCCGUCAACGUGGCUCACCAGUCGACGGUGCCCCCGCUGGCGACCGGCACCCACUACCAAGCUCACGAGCUCGGCUUCCUGGGCCACGUUAAGGACUUCUGAGAGCAGGCCAACGCCUCGGCCAGGAGGUAGCGGCUCCCCGGCCACGGGCUGACGGCGUCCAGGUAGCGCGAGGAGAAGACGGAGAGGUCCUCGACCGAGAUCGUCCUGGGAGGUAGCGGCCUUCCGCCUCCGGCCAACACCGAGGUCUCUGUACGUCGACCGAGGCGGUGGCUCCCCAGGUCGUGACCGGCGACGUUCACGCGUUGCCGAGGUAUAGGGACCGUGGGAGGGAUUCGAGACUUAAAGAAUCGAAGAAACCGAUCCACGGCUGGGCGUCGGGAGCCCCCGGGGUACGGGACACCUCCUCGACGGCGCUUCUCCCGUCGUCACCGAAAUAACCCCCGGAGGCUUAGGAGAGAUUCGAUGCCCGAGGCGCAAUGAGUCUUGCAUUGUAAACCCGCGUAGGAAGACAAACAUAUUUUUCUGCUAGCCUGAUUAUCGCGUGGAAGGUCGAGGCGCGUCUUCUCGAGACGGACGCGUUCGUGCCACCAUUUUUCCCCACAGGUCCGACCAGGGUGGACGCCCCUCGACCUUGACGGGAGAGCCGGGUGAUCUUUUGCCGGCUGUCGUCGGAGAAUACGUAUUGGAAGAACUCACUGAGCGACAGGUAGGUCCGUAGAUGUUUAAGGGACUCGGGCGGCCGUUACCUCGUUGCGCUCUCCCACGUGAAAUGUCUGGAUCUCUCCCCGAGAGAAGGAUACUUUGUAUACGCGUGUACCCACGUACACGCGCGCUUGGUAACCUCCCUUCCGGUUGGACGUCUCGAGACUAGACCGUUAUAAAAAAAACCGCGACUUCCGGUUUAAUGGAGCUCCGGCAAGGCCUUAGGAUUAUAUCAGGUUACGCUAGGUCGACAGAAAUGGGAAAACAAAAAGGAACUAUGUGGCAAUAUUUUUUCGUUCGGUGAGAAAGAGCGACCCAGUGAGAGUGUGCGUGAGAGAGGAAGAAAGAGAGCGGAUAGACGUUAGGCAGAGAAAAAAGGACGGAGAUGUCCUUCGUUUCGCGGCGGCUUCCGCCCUCGCGUUUGCUCGCAUCUUUGUUUCUUUCUUUCCCUUUUAUCUUUAUUAUUAUUAUUAUUAUUCUCUUCCUCUUGGUUAACGAUUAUAUAUGUAUAUGUAUAUGUAUACGCAAAGUUGACACAGUAUUUCCUAGAUGUUUUAUAACAAGGGAAGAGCUCCGAAAUUCUCGCCGCUUGCGCUGCGUAGACAAAGCGCCGUGUACAAAGAAUAACGUUUAGGGGAGUUCGAUUCGCGUUCGCUUAGGUUUAUCUCCGCGUUUAGAUAUGCAUUUUGUGAUCUCCGAAGGGUGGGGGAGCGAGAAAAGCCACCCCGGGGCGUAGAAAUUCUCCAGUCCCGUCUCGCACGAUCCGAAAUCGGAGUUGAAACGAAGGCAGGACUCGAUCGAGGCGCGUGGGGUCUCGGUAGAGUUUCGCACCAGGGAACGGAACCGAACAGAGGGAAGGGUUUCUCGAGUUGGCGAAUUGCGUGGCCGUUAACCGUGGUUAGGGACUUCGGAAGAGCCUCCCUGUACAGUUGCAGCCUGAAAGGCGGACGAAUUCGGAGGACUGUUUGCAACGCCCUGUAUACUAAUGCCGCCGCAAAGUACAACCUUCGUGUUGGUCCGACGAGUUUCUUUUGUACUUCGACACACGGUCCUUUCUGAGAUAUACGGAAAUGGUAUAAUGCGAGUCGAGGAGGAGACGGACUUAAUGUGCGCCGAUGCGUACUCGAAUGCACGUCGUAUACGAGAGUCUCCCGGGGAAGAUUUCAAGAGUUCCCUGAUCGAAAGAAAAUGAAAAAUAAAUAAAUAAAUAAAUGGAUCUCAUGAUUUAAUCGCAAGACUAAUAAUUCCUUCUUCGUGCCAUUGGACACUUCUCGUCGCGGCCAAAUCGACCGGAAAAAUGCUGCAGGCUGGAAUUAGGUCCGUCUCCGUUCUCCAAUCCGCGUCUCGAAAUCCGCGAGAAACGCGACAGAGAAUAAAGCGAAAUAUUUUUAGUAAGCA